UUCUUCAUUUCUUUGUGUAUCGGUCAGAACCACCUCCUAACUUCUCCAUCUCCAGUGUUUAUAUACACGCACAGAACUAAUACUAAUUUGAUUUGGAGGGGACUUGAGGCGUUGAUGCAGUUCAUAGUAGCUGUUUAGGUGCACCAAAACCUACGAGAUCAAGGGGCAACAACUCUCAGUCUCACCUAAAAGGAAUCUUUUACCACAAGCGAUCGAUUAGCUUAGCACCUGGUGCAGUAGUGCAGUGCCAGUGCACUCAUCACGACUCACCUGCCUGCGCACACACCAUGCAAUCUAUUUGAUCGCGCAUGCAGUGCCAGUGCUUGCGAGCAAACGGCCGGACGCUGCAAAUAAAGUUCCUCGGCCCUGAUCGACGUCGUCGUCCCAGGUGGAAAGAUGACCGGUUACACCCCGCCGCGGAAGGGACGGAGCUCGGCCGGCGCCGGCGGUGACGCACUCGAGGAGGCGUGGCUGGUGUCGGAGCCGCCGGCGAAGAAGCCCCACGGAAGGGCGGCGGCGUGGGGCGUCACCGUCAGCUUCGGCCUCCGCCGCGGCCACUUCAACUCGUUCGUGCUGCUGCUCCUCGUCUUGUUCGUCGUCCUCGCCGUUUCUGUCACCACCACCAAGAACGACAGCAGCGGCGGCGACGGCGGCGGGCCCGAUCAGCUGGAGACUACGACGAGGAGCGCGCCGCCACCUGCGGACGAUGACGCCGGCGGCGUCGGGCAGGGUGAGUGCGACAUGUCGUCUGGCCGGUGGGUGUACAAUGACGCGGCGUACCCGCUGUACGAGGAGAGCGCGUGCAAGUUCAUGUCGGACCAGUCGGCGUGCGGCAAGUUCGGGAGGACGGAUCUCAAGUACCAGCACUGGCGGUGGCAGCCGCACGGCUGCGAUCUUCCCAGGUUCGACGCGGUGAAGCUGCUCCAGAGGCUGCGCGGCAAGCGGCUGGCUUUCGUCGGCGACUCCCUGAACCGGAACCAGUGGAUAUCCAUGGUCUGCCUCAUCGACACCGCCACCCCCAUGCUGCGCAAGUCCAUCGCCGGCGGCAACACCUCCCUCGUUUCCUUCAAGAUCCAUGAGUACAACGCGUCGGUAGACUUCUACUGGUCGCCGCUGCUGGUGGAGUCGAACUCGGACCAUCCGGUUCACCACCGGGUGGCCGACCGCGUCGUGCGCGCCGGCUCCAUCGAAAAGCACGCCAGGCGCUGGGCCGACGCCGACGUGCUCGUCUUCAACUCCUACCUCUGGUGGCGCCGCCCGACCAUGAAAGUCCUGUGGGGGUCGUUCGAGGCGGCGGCGGCGGCGGAGGGCGCGCACAGGGCGGCGUACGAGGUGACCGACAGCCUCCGCGCGUUCGAGCUGUCGAUCAAGACGUGGUCGGAGUGGCUGGAGCACCACGUCGACCGCGCCCGCACGCAGCUCUUCUUCACGAGCAUGUCGCCGACGCACCUCCACUCCGACGAGUGGGAGGCGGCCGGAGCCGGGACCGGUGGUAGAAACCACCAGUGCUACAACGAGACGGAGCCGAUCAUGGCGGAGGGGCACCACGGGCAGGACACGGACCCGGCGUUCGCGCGCGCCGUGGAGGCGCAGGUGGCGCGGCUGGGCGCGCGCGGCGUCGCCGUGCGGGUGCUCAACGUGACGCAGCUGUCGGAGCAGCGCAAGGACGCGCACCCGUCGGUGCACCGGCGGCCGUGGAGCCCGCCCACGGCGGCGGAGCUGGAGGCGCGGGCGCGCGACCCCAGCAGCGGCGCCGACUGCAUCCACUGGUGCCUCCCCGGCGUGCCCGACGUCUGGAACCAGAUGCUCUAUGCGCACCUCGUCUCGUCCUAGCUAGGUGGCGGCUAUACCCGCUCCGCUCACCAGUUUCGCAGCUCAUUUUUUUUCUUUUUCUUCAAUUUGAAAAGUAUAUUAAGCAACAGUGUAGUUUGUAGACUGAAUGAACACGGGCACCGCAGUACACAACUCGGUCGUCCAAUGCAUCGUAGUUCACCGAAAUGUAAAUUCUGUUAUUUUGCUCUUGUUCCAAAAAAUCGUUAUGGAUA